AUUUCUUAUAUAAACCCUUAAACCUCCCAUUCUUGAAACACCGACUCUAUUUCUUCUUCUUCUUCUUCUUCUUCUGCAACAAAAAUAAAUUAUAAAUUCUCAAUUUCUCUAGCUCAAUUAUGUCUGAGAAACAGCCACACUUGAAUGGAGCCUAUUACGGCCCAUCAAUUCCCCCUCCCAAACAAUACCACCGCCCCGGCCGCGGCUCAGAUUGCUGCUGCGGCUGCGGCUGCUGCCUCUUGAGCCUCCUGCUCAAACUCAUUCUCACCGUCGUCUUCAUCGUCGCCCUUGUAGCCUUGAUCAUCUGGCUCAUCUUUCGCCCCAUUAACCCCAUAAAGUUCCACGUCACCGACGCCUCCCUAACCCAGUUCAACCUCACCUCCAACGACAACCUCCAGUACAAACUAGCAGUCAACAUCACCAUUCGCAACCCGAAUAAGAAGAUCGGCGUAUACUACGACCAAAUCGACGUCAGGGCUUAUUACGAAGGACAGAGAUUGGAUUCGAAUGAAUUGAAUCCAUUCUAUCAAGGCCACAAGAAUACCAGCGUUUUAAGCACAGUUUUUGAAGGUCAGCAGUUAUUGCUUGGUCAAGAUCUUCAAGAUUUUAACAAAGAGGAGCCUACUGGGAUUUACAGCAUUAAUGUAAAACUCCACUUGAAGAUUAGAUUCAAGCUGGGCAAAUUCAUCAAGACUCCCAAGUUGAAGCCCAAAAUCGAGUGUGAUUUAAAGGUUCCUAUGAGUAACUCUACUGCUGGUUUUACAGCUACAAAAUGCAAGUUGGAUUUCUGAUUAUCAGAGAGCCGAUCGAUGUUGUUGAUGAUGUUGAUUGAGUCUUCAGUAUUAUUUUUUUCUUGCGGGUUGAUUAUUCAUUUGUUUUUGUGCGUAUAGACUACGUUUGACAAUUGACAUUAUUUAUGUUGAUGAUGUUUGGGGAAGGUUACAUUUGUUACCUUUCUUCCUGUGAAUAAAUAAUGAAUUUAUUAUUUCUAUA